CAUAUAAAUUUUUUUUGUUGGUUAAAGUUGUUUUAUGUAUUAAUUCAAGCACAUGCACUAAACCGAAUACAAAAUGAAUAUUAUUAUAUUAUAUAGUUGCUCAAGCAAAAAAAGAAUUAUUAUGUAAAGAUAAUAUUCACAUAUAGCAUAUUUCUUGAUCGGAUAUCUUGCAAGAUCUAUAUCACAAUGAUCCAUGACAUUUGCACAUGAUACACAUUCAAUCCACUAAUUAUGACUACCUAACCCAACAAUUUCCAAAAAAAAUAUACCUCCCAUGCCCAAAGAUAAAUGUUUUGGAGAAAAAUAUUGUUUCAAAAAGAUAAAUUUUUGUGUGUUUUCUAUAAAUUUUAUGUUAUUUAAUGAUAAUAAAUUAGUAUAACUUUUAUUGAAUUACUACAGUUUAACUUUAUUUAAAAUUUAUAAUCACAGAAGAUAGUAUAUUUACAUGCAAAUUUAAUGUGUUUUAAAAAUAUUUGUGAAAAAUGAAAAAAUAUAUCACAAUAUUGAUCACAUUUCAAUCCUAAUUAAUAACAGUAGUACUUAACUAAAAGUGGUGCAAAUGGUUCUCAUAAUAUAUCAAGUCCGUCGAGAAUAUAGACCUUGUGUCUUCCUUGCCAAGUUUCUUCCCAAGUUCGCUUCCAAAACUUGACUCAUGAUUUGGUUUCCAUGAUUUGCUGUUGCUAGUUCAGUGAUAUGGUAUAGCUUGGGAACUUCAUACUAUCAGCAAAAGACAAAAAAAAAAACCCAACUAAGCAAAAUAUGGACAAAGACAUAUUCCUUAAUUAACAAAAGGAACAUGCAGAUGCAAUCCAGCAAUUACCACUACCUAACCUAACUAAUCUCAAUUAAUAAUAUAAUGACACCUCACCUAAAACAAAUCAUGUUAAGCUAAUUACUGUUAGAUAUAUAUAGAUAAAUAAACUGAGCAGAGGAAGAGCAUCUCGGUUCCUAGAACAUCUAAAGCAUCAUGCUCCCUCUCUCUCUCUCUCACAUACUUCACCAACUAUCUUUCCUUCCUCACGUGAUUCACCUGGAUUCACCUGACAUUUAACACAUGACACAUGCAAAUCACCAAUUAGCACCACCUAACCGGACUAAAUAUCAAAUAAAAACUACACAUCCUUUAAAACUGAGGUAAGUUAAUAGAUAUAUAGAGAGAUAAACAGAGAAGAGUAGGAGCAUCUAAAAUCAAAAGAAGCGACUUUUCUUCUAUAUAAUUUGGGAAAAAGACUCACAAAUUUCUUCCUUUUGCUCUCUUGAGAAAAUGGGGUCCAAGUUUCAUGCUUUUAUGUACCCAUGUUUUGCUUUUGGUCAUAUGAUUCCAUAUCUUCAUCUAGCCAACAAACUAGCUGAGAAAGGUCAUAGCAUAACCUUCUUGCUUCCCAAGAAAGCUCAGAAACAGCUUGAAUCUCUUAACCUGCACCCAGAGAGCAUUUGCUUCCAUCCUCUUACUCUUCCUCCUGUUGAAGGUCUCCCUGUUGGCGCAGAGACAACCGCAGAUCUCCCACCAAACACAACUGGGAAACUCAUAUCCGAUGCCAUGGAUCUAUUACGCGAUCAAAUCGAAGCAAAGGUUCGUGUUUUGAAACCAGACCUAAUAUUCUUUGAUUUAGUUCCUUGGGUUCCAGAAAUGGCCAAAGAGUUUGGAGUCAAGAGUGUGAGUUACCAGAUUGUAUCCGCAGCUUGUGUAGCUGUUGCUCUUGCACCUGGUGUUGAAUUAGGGUUUCCUCAACAGCCUGGUUAUCCUUCUUCGAAAGUGGCUUUUCGUGGGCACGACGCCAACCUCUAUUCUAUCUUCACGAACUCCCACAAACGUUUCUUUAGUCGGAUCAUUACAGGGCUUAAGAACUCUGACGUAGCUUCCAUAAGAACAUGCGCGGAAAUCGAGGGUAAAUAUUGCAGUUUCAUCGAGAGAGAAUGCCAGAGAAAAGUUCUUUUGACCGGUCCAAUGUUCCCUGAGCCGCAAGAAAAGAGUGUUAAACCAUUAGAAGAUCAGUGGAAUCAGUGGUUAAACCGGUUUGAACCGGGCUCGGUAGUGUUUUGUGCGUUGGGCAGCCAAACCAUUUUAGAGAAAGAUCAAUUUCAAGAACUCUGCUUAGGGAUGGAGCUAACUGGUUUACCAUUUCUGGUAGCAGUUAAGCUGCCAAGAGGCUCUUCAACAGUUCAAGAAGCUUUACCAGAAGGGUUUGAAGAACGGGUUAAAGGGCGUGGAAUCGUUUGGGGAGGAUGGGUGGAACAACCUUUGAUAUUGUCUCAUCAGUCAGUAGGUUGCUUCGUGAACCAUUGUGGAUCCGGUUCAAUGUGGGAAUCUCUGGUUAGUGAUUGUCAGAUUGUGUUUAUUCCUCAGUUAGGUGAUCAAGUUCUCACCACAAAAUUAUUGAGUGAGGAACUAGAAGUUUCUGUGAAAGUUCAUAGAGAAGAUUCAGGAUGGUUUUCGAAAGAGAGCUUGAGAGAUGCAGUUAAAUCCGUGAUGGAUAAAGAUAGUGAGAUUGGGAAUUUAGUGAAGAGGAAUCAUAUGAAACUGAAAGAGACUUUGGUUAGUCCUGGAUUGUUGAGUGGUUAUGCUGAUAAGUUUGUUGAAGCAUUGGAGGCUGAAGUCAACAACACAAAAUCGUCUUGAAUUGAGUACUUUUUAUAUUCUAAUGUAACGUUUCUUAUGUAUUGAAAUAAAUGUUUUAAUGGUGUUUUACAUUCUUAAUAUGAAUUUCGAAUAAUU